AUGACAAGAAUGAAAACUUUGGUAUUUGAUAUUUCGAACGCAUUAGCACCUCCCGAUUUUAUUAGUAGCUGGAAGUCAAUAUCUGCCUACAUAAAUCCAGAAGUGGACAUUUCACAUGGGUUAAAUGAACUUCCUCUUAAGGUUGAAGUACAGGUCAAAGUGUUUGAUACGUUCUUGAAUAAGGACAUGUGGUUCUUAGCAACAGGAUCUGCACAGAGAGGAAAGGAUAAUGCUUUGCCAUUCGGUGGAGUUCUGUACGUAUAUAAUAAUGAAACAAUCAAGAUAAUGGCACCAGGACCAAAAGGUUGUACAAAUCCGAAUUGUACAGGUUCACUAGUGUAUUUGGGGGAAAGUAAUACAUUCAAUGGUAACGAUUCAAUAACUAGAUCGUUUUCAGCAGGACAUGUGCGAGCAAGAGUUUGGAGAGCAUGCUCACUUCCAAGACCUCAAUUCGUCUCUGAAGAAAUUCAAAUGAGCUCAGGUGACUUCAAGUCUUUAACAAAUGGACAUAAAGCCACGUGGGUUAUUGUAAGGGUGCAUACUGAUCAAGGCUGGGUUUAUGAGGCACAAGGUAAUGUAUUGUUAUCAGUAAGAAUAUUAUUGUCACACGGUACAUGUACCUCGCCAUAA